UCUUAACAAGUUUGACAUGAAGUUUGAUGUUAUUCUAUUGUUAUAGUAUAGUAGAGCUUUUCAGUGUACAUUCCUUCAUAGUGAAGAUGUACUUGAAUUCCUUGAACACCAAACAUACAGUAUCUAUGUUUGGAAACAGAUUUAAACAAAAGUUGAGUUAUUCGUUAAUGUUUUAUUUACCUUUUGGCUUGGUAAAGCAUCACUAGUUUGAUCCAUGAGWGGUCAACCUUUUAUACAACACAUGGAACACAAGUAGGAUAAUUGUGUCUGCAUGUGCUUGGUCAGUCAUGUGACUGGGUUGGAUUACAAUCUUGUUUAUCCUCAUUUAAGAAGUCAUGCAAGGAUAUAUCAGUGUUAAAUGAUGAUUAAAAUGUAGUAGCAUAGUUUGGUUAAAUCUUUUUUAUAAUGAAUCACUCCCUCGUGGAAUUUUACAGUAGUAAACAACCUWAUCUAGUGGACAAAUARAUUAAUCCAUUAAGACAGAUCUUCACUUUGUUUUGGCUAGGUUUCACUAGUUAUGCUUCSUUCAUUUUAAUGACUAAAUCCACUGGUUUAAUCUUCAACUUUUGUUAYUUGAUUCAAAAUCCCUUAAAUGUAUGCAUGUCUUGGAUUUUGAAGUAAAAUAUAUUUAUUCUGACUUGAAGUGUGUGUGAGUGGUUGAAAAUGUCAAGUAGAUACUGGUUGCCCAUUAAUUAAAGAUUAACUCACAACAACUAUUAAUUGGCUACAGAGCUAUUUUGAAUUCACUGGCAGUUUGAAGUGUAUUCAUGUAUAAAGGGAAGAACAAUUUUGGAUCAAUACUUCACAGUUUUUGGUCUCACAUUUUUAACCUAUCAAUAGUUGUAGUGUCUAUACUAGUACUCAACCUUCAUCAAGGGUUAAUCCUGAUUGGUUACACUUUGUUUCUGCCAUGAACCACUUUCAACUGUGCUUUCACUAUGAAUUGAACAUUGAUCUUUCAAGUUCUUUACAUUGAUCACACAGAGGUCUUGACAGCUUCAURACUGAACAUGAAUAGAAUGAUUUCAUAGACUUGUUGUCCUUCAGGGAUCAUUUCCUUACUGACAUGGUGGAUGAUGAUUUCUUAUAUUCUAAUGAUAUUUCCAAGGAAUAUUUAAGUAUUCUAAGCCAGAUUGAGGAAUACUGCAGUAGAGGACCUGAAAUUGAUAUUCCUGCASUGUCAACUCGACCAAAGGGACUGCCAAGAGUCAAUGGAGAUAUCAGUAAUGAGUCAAAGUCAUCCACUGCCCCAACAAGAGGGACAUCAGCUAAGAAGACGCCAGGUAGGAAAGUCAGUGGAACAAAAGGUACUGGAAGAGACUCAGCUACUGCCGCUGGUGCUGUUGAUGAAACAGAUUUUGUCAAUUCUUAUGAAGACUGCCCUGAUGUUCGGAUUUACUCCAAUAAAGAUUUUAAUGAAGAUUUAGCUAAAAUACAAAAUGUUUUGUCUGAUGACAAAAUUGACUGGGAGCAAAGAAUAGUUUCGCUCAAGAGGAUUCGUAGUCUCAUACGGGCUGGUGCUAUGGAGCAUGAUAGCUUUCCAACAUUCAUCAGAUCCAUGGAAGGUGCUUUUAAACUCAAUGCAAAAGAUCUCAGAUCAUCAGUAGUAAGAGAGACGUGUAUAACUCUCAGUUUUCUGUCAACUCAUCUUCGUAAUCAGUUUGAACACACUGCAGAAGCUGUUCUUCCCUCUCUAAUUAACUUAUUACCAAAUAGUGCAAAGGUUAUGGCAACAUCAGGAGAUGCCUGCAUUUGUAUUAUAUUAAAAAAUACGCAUUCUCGGCGACUCAUUUCAAUAUUAGCCAAUAAUGUAACUUCCAAGUCCAGUGUUAUUAGACGGCAUAUUGCUAGUAAACUGUUACUAGUAUUAGAAACUUGGGAUACCCACACMAUUAAAGGGCAUCUCUCAGAAUUGGAAGACUGUAUUCGUAGAGGGAUAUCAGAUGCUGAUUCAGAAGUCCGAGCUAUUACCAGAAGGGUUUUUUGGUCUUAUCACAGCCAUUUCACCGACAAAGCAGAAAACAUCCUGAAAUCAUUAGACCCAACGAAACAAAAACAACUAGAAAAUGAUCGUCAUAUGUCAGGAGCUGUUAAGGCUACAUCAGGUAGAGCUGCACCCGUCAAUAAAACUAAGACAACGUCGAGUAUUCGGCCAAGAACGGCAAGUACGCAAAGCGAAGAUGGAGCAACAGGUGGCAGAACUGGAAGUGCACCAACUCGUAGCAUGACGACAGGAGGGGUGAGCAGAACUAACCACACCCAAGCAUCAAGAAUAUCCAGUGCACGUGGUACAGCUAGUUCAGGUUAUAAUCUAACAACAAUGUCUAAUUAUGGACGUUCACUAAGCCAUAUCGACUCACGCGCUGCUGAGCGAGCGUCAAGACGAGCAAAGGCCAGAGCAACCGCUACUAGACCUCCGUCUCCUCCUCAUGCUAGACAAGGAAGAUCGCAAUUUCCAACGCGUGGUUACGUAUCUCAACCAUCAAGUCGUUCCCAUUCUCCCGAUCGUGUCAUACCAAARGAACGCACGGAAGCUUUUGUCCAUGGCACUAGUCCUACCAAAUCGAAGAUACCUACCCCGAGGUAUUACAGCAGCUUCGAAUUUCUUCCGCCUUCUUCUCCUCUGGACUUGUAUCGCUAUCCUCAAGCGCCUUCUUCUCCUCGUCUUCGACCUCGAACGUCCUCGCGGUCCAGCUCCCGGGCAAGUUCACGGUCCAGCUCUCGYGGUACAAGUAGAGAUCCCAGUCCUGAUCCGCUGAGGAGACGAACAAGCGAUGGCAAGGGCUAUAAUCCUACGCAAUUGCCCGUAUUAAAGAGAUCUAAUAUACAAAAUCCUGUUCUAACGCGAAGCAAGCAACAACAGCUAGAAGACGAAGAAGCCGGUCUUACUGAAGCUGCCGUCUGGGACUCAUGGCAUCGCAGUCCAGCUCGCAGAAAGUACUCGUUUGGCUCAACCAACUCACACGGUUCUGACGAUGACGCUGAUAGUGACAACGGAAGCUCGGAAAGAUCCCUAGGGACAAGAGGAAACCGAACCCUUGGUCGAGCUGAACCUGGGAAUGAAAUAUCGGAGAUUGUGCGUUUAUGCAAUAAUAACAACUCUUGGACAGACAGACGAGAUGGUGUAAGUGCGUUGUUGGUGUUCCUCAAGAGUUCUCGAGUAAUGAGUGACUUAGAGCUGUCUAAGGUCAAAGAUUGUCUUACAAGACUAUUUUUUGACCCCCAUAAUAAGGUGUACAGUUCUUUYAUGGAUGCUUUGGCAGAGUUCAUCGUAGUUCAUAAAAUAGACAUCCAAGAUUGGUUAUUUAUACUCCUCUCCAGGCUUCUCUCAAAACUCGGUACAGAUAUGCUGAACUCGCUCCAGUCUAAAGUAGUUCGAGUGUUAGACAUCGUACGAGAUUCAUUUCCAUACGACAUGCAGUUUAGUAUUCUUACGCGAUUUAUCACCGAUCAGACGCAAACUCCUAAUUUAAAGGUCAAAAUAGCUGUACUACAAUAUCUUCAAGGUCUUAUAUCACUAAUGGAUCCAAGUGACUUCACUAAUUCUGGUGAAACUCGUCUAGCUGUGUCUAGAAUCAUAUCCUGGACUACUGAACCAAAAAGUGCUGAAGUUCGUAAGGAGUCAGCUGCYGUGAUAGUUGCAUUGUUUGAGCUGAACACCCCUGAGUUUACUAUGAUGUUAUCAGUUUUACCGAAAUCAUUCCAGGAUGGUGCUACAAAGCUACUCCAUAGUCACCUCAAAAGCACAAGUCAAGGAACAGAGCCAAUCACAGCAUCGAGAGGCUCUCCAACAACACGUGGCUUCACUACAAGUUAUGAUGAAACAGACAGUAMCGUUACGUCACCCGAUCGACCAAAACUACGCUUAGGCUAUCGCAGUAUGUCGUCGAACUCAUUAAAAGGAYURCCUCCUAAAGACGAYGAACCWAGAGACGUUCCUUCRGCUUCUGCAGAUUACAAUGACCCURCAGAGUCAAAGACUCCAAUCAAAGCMAUSCAGAGCCCACGCACCCAGGCAAAGUUYUCUUUCUCCCCAAARACUAACCACUCCCCGAUUCACCGUGAAAAUAGCGGUGAUAGCGACUCGUAUGAAAAUCGACAAAGCUCGCCUUUUCGACUUCGUAAAACCAGCAAACAAGACCAYGUGGACCCUCACGAGGACGCGCCGAGUGUAUCUUCGGGAUAUACUAGUGAUGACGUCAAUAGUGUMCAUAGUGACGUUGCAGCUUUGACGUCACCUCGUACUUCUAGGAAAACACCUGGUCACGAUUAUGACCCUAAGCAGUAUCAGGACUCGCAGAACGACUUUCAUCCACUGCCUGAGCUGAAUGGAUUUGCUACCGGGAAAAAAACGAAAACAAACGAAGAAGACGAAUUAGAUCGGUCACUUGAAGGCAUGGAAAUCACAGACAGUCAGUUUGAGAGAGGCAAUGUAUCGUUAGACGGCAAUACCGGAAUCGAGUCGUUAAUAAGUCCCUUACACGACCCAUCGAGCGAUAAAAUGGAAGACAAACGAGCUGCUUUGAUAGAYGUGCUUAAAAUGAUACGGGAAGACUCUCCCUCGCUAUGGAACGCAUUCCCUAAGGUCUUUGAAGCUCUAAUCAAAGCCAUAGACGAUGUUCAGCCUUCAAUUCGAUCUCUCACUAUACGGGUGAUCAAGGAUAUGAUACGUGCGCAACCGUACGUGUUUCACGAAGUCAGCGGAACAACGAUAAGUAAAAUAUUACAAGCUCAUAAAGAUCCGCAAAAAGAGAUUGUUCGUCAAGCAGAAGAAGCCGCUGCGACUGUGGCCAAGUCACUCUUACCUGAAGACUGCAUGAAAGUUCUUGGACCUAUCAUUAGAGACUCGGAAUUUCCGGUAUCACUAGCGUCUAUUAAGAUGUUGACGAAGGUUGUUGAGGGUGUAGACAGUGUUACUAUAGAAGACAAUCUUAGUGAUAUGGUACCUGGUUUAAUCAAGUGCUGUGACCAUAUCGAGAGUAGUGUACGAAAGGCUAGUGUGUUUUGUCUUGUUGCUAUUCAUAACAUUGUUGGUGAGGAGAUUCUGUUACCACAUCUGGCAGAGCUCUCAGGAACAAAGAUGAAGCUUCUAAACCUUUACAUAAAGAGAUCCCAGGCCUCUGCUGGCGGAGGAAAACCGUGAGAGAGUGGAUAACAGAAUGAUCCCGAUCGUGAGAUGUGUCAGACCUAGGAUACUCCAAAAAAUUCUCCAAAUACAUAGAUAGUCAGACAGUUAACAGUCCGAUAAGGACUUAAAUGCUUACUUAAGACAAUGUAUAAACGGUGUGUCUUCUAUGGACUUAUCCCAGCAGCCGUUGCUGAUAUUUGUGAGAAUGGAGUGGGGAGACUUAUAGAGUUCGCUGAAAACGGGGAAACACUACAAAAAAAUASCAAUUCUCUUUCCUGGAGUUUAGUUCAGCGCAAAUAAACUUGCCAAGAAUGUUACAGAGAAAUUAUAACGCUUCCUGGACUUGCUCUUGGUAAAACGGGUCCAAAUUGCAAUAGUACUUGAGUGUGGGUUCAAGCAAACUUAUAAUUGGAAAAUGGUCGAUGAGACUAUGAUCUCGAUAGUGAACUCGUCUUGUCCGUGAAAACUUCAAAAACAUUGUGUGUAAUAAUACUUUAUUUCAUUGUAUGUAAUGCCGACAUGUGUUUUGGCACUAAAGAGCUAUUAGUCAAAAAAUAUUUAUAGAUUUUAUUUCACAGACAGAGAGUAAACACUAUCAUUUCAUCUUGCGACAUCAUUUUGUAUAUAGAGAAAACUGUCGCUCAUCGUCUCCACAAUACGAUAGCAUAACGUUAUAUUAUCUGUGAGUUCUAAAAGGGAAUGCACACCGAUAAUGAGUAGUUUAUAUUUGGCUAUGUAAUAUAAUUUAUGGGCAAACCACCCGACAAAUAGUAUUUUAAUCAUAAAUUAUAAAGAAAUCGCCUAGUAAUUAUUUUUAGAUCAAUGUAAAGUGUAUUGUUUUAAAGGCUCCCAUUGAACUUAGUGAUAUAUUGUCUGUUGUAAAAUUACUUUAUCUAGUAAUAAUUAUUAAUAUUAUUAUUGUUAAUAUUA